UGUUUUACAGCCAGCUUUGACUGUCACUCUUUUGCAGCACAUAGAGUAGAGAGGCACGUUUCUGCUUUUGCACCACCGCCUUUUUCGCUUUUGUAAAAUAUAGACUUGGAAGCGCAACACCCGCAGCCGCACCACGUGACCAAAUGCGGAAAUCAUCCGACUGAGGAAAGUAGAACUGGAGGCGAGAGGUGAGGGUUUGGUGCCCGCCUGAUUUUCAGAGAGGCUUUUGCUGCUGCUGCUACGUGUUUCGGAGAAGGUUUCCACUUAACCCCACGGUUAAAUGUACGACUUCCGUAUGGUGUGAGUAAAGAGUUGUUUUGAGGUCGGACUGCUGAGAUGACAAGGCUGUGACAGUGUGUGACUAAGUGUGUCUGUAUUGGACUCAUUCCUGUGAGAUGGCUACUGCAAAGAAAAGUUGUGCUAAGGCAGGAGGCGUGCGCUUCUCAGAGGAACCCCACGCUGCAUCUUCACACGUUCAUUUCGAUGAAAAGCUACAUGACUCCGUUGUCAUGGUGACUCCAGAAGAUGAUGGCAACUUUUUGGUCAAGGUCGGCUUCUUGAAGACACAGCACCGGUAUGAAAUAGUGUUCACCCUGCCUGAGAUCCCAGCUCUGGGUAAAAAUGUGUGUCCAGCGCCGCUACCCGGUCCACACCUCCGGAUCACUGAUAUCACACCGGCACAAGAGGGAGGUCUGAAGAUAACGUGCGAGUACAUAACCCAGCACGAGGGAGUUCUGUGUGAGGAGGUGAGGCUGCUGAGCGAGACCAACGACGACGUCUGCGUCAGAGUUAAAGUUCACGCCAGAGUCAUGGAUCGUCACCAUGGUACCCCCAUGCUGCUGGAAGGCGUUCGCUGCAUCGGUCCGGAGCUCGAGUACGACUCUGAGCAGAGUGACUGGCAGGGAUUUGACUAAAUGUCAGCCUUCUGUUCCCAGUUGUUUUACACAUCCACAAACGCCUACAGAAGUUCACACACCUGCCAUCUUCACAGAUAGAAAAAGAAACAGAAACCUCCUGAGCUGCCCGCCAAUACACACACACACACACACACACACACUAUUAGUGCCACGGGCUGUGCAGCUUUUCCACCUCUGGUGUGAUUCACUGUUCACUGGACCUCAGAAAUGGUUUUCAUCCUGAGACGUGAAAAACAUUCCUCAGCUCUGACCUUCACUCUGAAGGAACAUGUAAUUAAGUCCUCUUGCUUUUCUGUCUUCAACUGUUGUGCUUUCCUUGUUCAUCCGUUAGAGGGCAGCGUCUGCCUGUAAAUCAGCACAGCCUCACAACUACUUGUGGUUCAGUUUUAGUCUUUUUCUGAUGUGCAAAGCCCGCCUGGAUUCAUAGAGUUAGGAGUAAACAAGGGCUCAUUUACGACUUCAAAAGCUUGACCCUAAAUUAAGGCUCUAAUCUGCGCAAUUCAGGGAGGACGAGAGCGAAUUAGGAACAUUGUUUAACAUGCAAUACCUCUGUGUGACUAUCAGGGGUGCUAAAGAACUCCGCAUGCGUUACUGCUCCAAUCUCAAGGCCAUCUUUUACCAGUUGUGCUGCAGUGUUCUCUAUUUAAAGGAAGACCUAAAUAUAAAAUGUGUCUGCAUCUUCAGUGUUCAUGUUAAACCCAUCUCAGCAGGUAUACCUAAUGUUUCUGUUGUAUUUGAACCAACCUGCCCCAAACAUUUCACUUUCCCCAGUCUGCCUUUCAAAAUAAAACAUAGGCUUGUUUCAGUAGGUGAGGAAUGAAUGUACAGCUGCCACACUGGAGGGAGGGGAAAGUGAUGCUUCAGUACCUGCUCUCCUGCUAUCUGGCACUGAUCUGCUGACAUGUGUCAGGAUUUUCUAAGCUGGUUUUCACUCUGUGUGAUAGGUGUGUGUACUUUAAAAGCUCCUUCUCGUUCUUUUUUGGGGUCCUUAGGACCAAGUAAAGCGCUAUACAAAUACAGACCAUUUACCAUUUAAGAGGAGCUGACAUCAAAAUCUGACGUUUACCUCUCGUGUUUUAAGUCUCGUCUUUUCUUCUUCUUCUUCUUUUUGUUGUUGUUGCUGAGCUACAGAUGCUGUUGACUCACCAGUUUUCCCCAAAUUAAAAACAAAUGUGUAACCAAAUAUUCGGUGUACGUGUGCAUAGCCUGUAGUUGUUUUAAGGGUGUUAAACUGGGGUGAAAGAAUUGGCUGAUGAAUUUGUUUAAAUAUUGUUGUUAUAUUAUUAUCGAAUAAUCAUUUUAAAAACAUUUUCAUUAUUUUAUCCCAAACUUUUCCCUGGACCAACAUCUCCUGCCCAUGUGUAGACCCUUAAAGCAGUGCUUUAACACACACUGACCACCAUCCUUUGGUAUUUAAGUCUCUGAGGGGCUUUUUCCUUUCAGCCAUUCAAGCUCCAAUCUCUUGCUUUAAUCCAUGAAGCCUUCAGAAAAGUGCCUUUCAUCGCCACAUCCCGUUUGUCUCUUAACUCCCCGUUGUUCAUCCGUCUGCAUCCUGUCACCCGAGCAGUUUUCAGGUUUAGCCAGUGUUAGUCCGAGCCACCCAGGACUCAAACAUCUGGGGUCAUAAACCGGAAGCACCUAAACUUUGGAAGUUUGCAGGUUUCAAACCACUACUUCCACCACCUCUCUGUCCCAGCGCCGUCUUCACAGUGCAGCUGCAGAUCAGAGGGAGCUCUGCUAACUUAAAUUUGUGCUUAAAAGAUCAAGUGCCAUGAUCUGGCUGCACUGCCGUCUCUUUAUAAUCUCCUCUGAAAGAAGUCCUAACAUCUCCUUCCUGCUGGUUAAUGUUCAUGUUUUUGUUGUUACUCGUUCUGUUGUUGGUUGCAUUCAGCCUUAAAGAAUUCAAUUUAGCGUGUAAUUUUUUUUCUUAUUAUUAGACCACGCGCAGUGGGUAUAGUAAAGAUUGGAUAGAUUAUUUUGAUGUUUGUUUGUGCACGAUAGGUCAGAGAUCCAUCUUAGUGUAAAGCUGAAGUGCUCGAUAGGUUUCAGGAAUGUAGCAGUUUAUUUGUUGCUCCCGGUAUGUUUGAUUUGUAUUUUUAAUGUUGAAAAUGAAUUAAAAAAAAAUGUAUAUG